AACCCGGCACUCCAGGAGGCUGAGGCAGGAGAAUGGUGAGUUCGAGCCCAGCCUGGGCAGCUUAGUGACUUAGUGAGAUCCUCUCUUAAAAUGACAAACAUUUUUCAAAAGGGCUGGGGUGAAGGUCCUGGGUUCAACCCUCAAUACAGAAAGAAAGGAAGAGAGGCUGACAAGAACAGGCCCGGCAGCCAGUAGUUGGUCCCAAGAGCCUUCGUCUACAAAUGCAGGCUGGGUCCUCCUCCUCUGCCUCUUCCCACUGACCCUCACCCACCCUUCUCCCUUCCCUUCUUCCAGAAACUGCUCACCCUUCCUUCCUCUCUCCCCUCCAGCUUAUGGGGUUUACUAAGCCCCCACCAGCACCGAAUCCAAUUCACCCCCAGCUCUCCGUCCUCCACCCCAGAAUCAGAAAGCCUUUAAAGCCCAGCUUUUUUCUUUCUCCUUUAUUUUGGGGUGUGGGGAAGUUGGUUUUUGAGACAGGGUUUCACUGUGUGGCCCAGGCUGGCCCCGGACUUGUGGUGAUGCCUGCCUUGACUUCCCAAGUGCUGGGUCACAGCAGUGUGUGUAUUUUAAGAAAGACACAAUGCCCAGUUCCAGGGCCUGGCUGAACUCGGGUGGAGCUGUUGCCUAGUGAGCAUCGGCUCAGGUUCAACCCCCAGGGCCCUCGCACCUGUGAGUGUGAGGGGUGCCGCUGGGCAUAGGGUGUACACCCUCAGUGCACACCCAGCUACUUGGGAGCCUGAGGCAGGAGGAGCACAGGCCACAGACCAGCCUGGGCAACAUAGUGAGACCCCAUCUCAAAGUUAGAAAUAGAAAGAAUUCCCAACUGUAGGUGUAACCAUCCCCACGGAUCUCAGACAAGGGACCAAAGUCCAGGACAGCAGACAGAGCUCAGGCUCCAGGACAAACCAGGUGCCCCUCUCAGGCAGGGUGGCCUUGGUCCCCUGCCCACCGGGUGCCUGGGUGGCCUGUGACUCAUGAUGCCCUUAGCUUCCUGAGUGCCAGGAUUCAGUUUUACCAGUGGCCACAGCUUCGGGGUCCCCAACUAUGGGCAGCCCUGAAAUAAAUCCCAAGGCCAUUACAGGGCCUCACUAGCGGAUGGGAGCGCUGCCUGGGGCGACAAUUCUCCAUCAGAGUCCCUCGUCCUCAGCAGUCCAGACUGGAGUGUUCUGGGUCGUGGUGACAGAGCUAUCGCCCAAGCGGCUGGCCCUCGGGCUGCCUCUCCGCAAGCCCACUUCAAAGGGCCACCUGAAGGAGGCUGCAGCCGGGCCCCUCCUGCCCCCCUGGUCCCAGUGUCUCCCGGCCACCUGGCUGUGCCCAAAGCCUCCUGUCUCUGCCUUUCGUUCCCAGGGCCGACCUCUCUGUCACUCAAUCGGCCUCAGUCUGUCUCCUCUGCUCCCUGUCCUCUCCCUCUCUGUCUGUAUCCUUGCUACUGAACCUAGGGCUUUUGCAGUGAGCUAACACCACCAAACCUUUAUUCGUUCCUUUGUAUUCCGAGACAAGGCAAUCCUCCUGCCUCAGCCUCCCCAGUGCUGGGAUUACAGGCGUCACCACCACACCAGUUGUUCUGUCUCUUAUUAAGGACCCUUGUCAUUGGAUUUAAGACUCACCCCAAUAUUCCUGGGGGUCUGAUCUGGAGACCCUUAGCUAAAGGACACCUGCAAAGAUGGAUUUCCCAAAGCAGGUCCCGCCACAGGUUCUGGAGGUCGGGGCAUGGACUCAUCUUUUAGGGGGCCGCCGUUCACCCUAAGGGGUUAGCGCUGUCGUCUGCCAGAGAGGGACGGAUCGCACCUCGUUCUGCGGCCGUCUUGUGUCUCACGCGGCGGUUGCUGCUGCCCUCUGGUGGACGGACUGGGGGACCACGAACCGUCCAGUUAGGGCGCCGACGGCAAACAGCCCAACCCAGCUCCACGGUGGGGAGCGCGGUGGACGGCAGCCGAGGUCCAGCUCUGCCGAGGCCUCCGCAGCCGGCUCCUGCAAGGCUCAGGGCUUCCCGGCGGCGUGGGUGAAACGGCACCCCGAGCAGGGCACCCGCGGGUUCUGGCUACCCCCCAGAGAGGUUCUCUGUACCUGAGAUCACAGUUGGCCCCGGGGCUGCGGGCCGAGGAGCGCAAGGGUGUGGGGAAAAAAGUUGGCCGGAAGUGUGGUGGAUCCCCGCCGACCCAGCACCAUGGGAGGACCUGAAGCAGGAGGACCGCAAAUCUGAGCCCAACCUGGGCUAUUUAGCAAGACCGUCUCAGGACGAAAAUAAAAGGGCUGCGGAUGUGGCCCGGGGUGAAGGCCCUGGGCUCCAGCCCCACCCCGGGGAAUCUGCACUGCCUGCCCUCCAUCCUCCAUCCCUGGACAACACUGCAUAGCCACUCCUCAGGCAGCGCUCACACCCUACCAGGUUCCAGGCCCCCGUGGAGGACUUAAAGACAGGGGUGGGGGUGGGGGGUGCUUAGGUUUCACGCAGAUCCUGCCCCAGUUUACCGAAGAGAUGUGACGGCUGCGAUUUAGGGACCCAAGGGGUCCGGUGUCCAGGGAUACCAUGGGAUGUCAGUAUUUCGCCCAAUACCUUUUUUUUUCUUUUUUUGAAACAAGGUCUCGCUACGUAGCCCAGGCUGGCCUGGAACUCGUGGCGAUCCUCCUGCCUCAGCCUCCUGCGUGCUGGGGCCACCACGCGAGGGCGCUCCAGUGCGUCUCUGUGACCCACGGGCAGCACCCACAGGCCUCCCUGGGCCCCAGAUCCAGGUCAGGGCCCGGAUUAGUGGUCCUAAGCUGGCUUCGCGGCGGCCGGGCCAUGGCGUCCCUGUUCUCCGGCCGCGUCCUGAUCCGCAACAGCAGCGAGCAGGACUUGCUGGAGACGGAGGCCGAGCACGGCCGCCGGCUGGAGAACAGGCUGGUGCUGCUGUUCUUCGGCGCGGGGUGCUGCGCGCGGUGCCGGGCCUUCGCGCCUGCGCUGCGCGACUUCUUCGUGCGCCUCACGGACGAGUUCCACGUGGUGCGCGCCGCGCAGCUGGCCCUGGUGUACGUGUCGCAGGACGCCACGGCGGAGCAGCAGGCCCUGUUCCUCAGGGACAUGCCCGAGCGGUGCCUGUUCCUGCCCUUCGAGGACGACCUGCGGAGGGACCUGGGCCGCCGCUUCUGCGUGCAGCACCUGCCGGCCGUCGUGGUGCUCAAGCCCGACGGGGACGUGCUCACGCGCGAUGCGGCCGACGAGAUCCAGCGCCUGGGCCGCGCCUGCUUUGCUAACUGGCAAGAGGCGGCGGAGGUCUUGGACCGCAGCUUCCUGCCGCCCGAGGACUGGACGAGCCCCCGCCUGGACGAGCCCCCGCCACGCAGCCUGACCGAGCCGCUGCGGCUCUGCAAGUAUCGCGUGGACCGGGCGCCCAGGAGUGGGCGGGGCCUGAGGGGCGGGCCCGGGGAGGAGGGCGGGGUCGAGGCGCUCUUCUGACCUGUCCCUGGACUGCUGGCGGGGGGCGGAGCCCCUGAGGCGGGGGCGGAGCUGGGAGGAGGGCGGGACCCUCACAGGAUCCAGGACGGGGCGUGCUCCGUGGGACAGGGGCGGGGCCCAGGAGCCGUUGCGACCCCUCACUGAAUGCCUGGGAGGGGUGGGGCCCGUGGGCGGGGCGCAGGUGGGGACUAGACACGUGUUGAGUGUGGGUCCGAGGGCGGGGGGAGGAAGGGUCGGGCCGGGUUCCAUUCUAGCCUCUCAAAGGAUGGCCAGCUGGGGGCGGGCGAAGCGAAAGGACUGUCCCGAAGGCCCGGGGCAGGAGGCGGGCACUUACGAGGUUGCCGGUGGGCGUGCCGGUGGGCGUGGAAGGCGGGAGACGGGACAGGCAUCUCAUUCCUGAUCGCCUCCACGCCCGGCCACCCGGAGACACCGAGGCUCACGAUGGCUUUCAGCUUUGCCGCUCAGGACUCAGGUGGCGCCUCUGUGACAACAGCUCUGCGUGCUCCGUACCUAGGGCCCGGCAGCUCCGAGCACCGCCUAAGGGACCACGCUUUUACUCAUCCUUCAGGAAGCAGUCAGCACAGGGGAGCGCCAGCGCGUUCCCGAGGGUGCCGGCCUGUCCCGGUCCUGGCCUUCUCCAAGCCUCACUCCUUGAUCCGUGAUCUGUCACAGCCACCUCGCCCUUCUGCUUACUCCCCACUGUUGGGCGGGAAUGAGAAAAGCGCAAAAGUCAGCAGUGAAGCGGUGUUUGGUGCCGCACGCCUGUCAACCCAGCACUCUGGCAGGCUAAGGCAGGAGGAUCACACGUUUGAGCCUAGCCUGGGUAACUUAGGCACUUAGAGAGACCCUGUCUCAAAAUAAAAAAUGAAAAUGAAAAAAAGAGCUUGUGAUUGUAACUCAGGGGGAAUCCACAGUUCUAUCCACACAACAAACAAUAAAAGAACAACCUGCUUCCUAUGGCUCAACAACAAAAGAGCUAAUCCGAUGCUAAAGUGGACCAAGGACUGCUUUCUAACUAGCAGUUGGCAGGAGCUGGGCUGGGUGGGAUGAAAGUUAAGGGGGAGGGGUCUCCUUUCGGGGUGUUGAAAAUAUUCUGGGACUACAGAGAGGUGAUGGUGUCACGCGGUCAAUGUACUGAGAUCCACGGAACGUUUUGCAAAUUUCACCUCAAGUUUUUGUUGUUGGAUUUUUGAGACAGGCUCUGGGUAUGUAGCCCAGGCUGGCCUCGAAUUCAUUGCGAUCCUCCUGCCUCAGCUUCCCGAGUGCUGGGAUUACAGGCCUGCACCACCCUGCCUGACCUCAC